AUGCGGCGUGCGGCCACGCACGUAAGACGCGUCAUCCGCACCUACGCAACGAAGCGGUCGCCCUACGCCGUCCUCGGAUUGGACCGCGGCGCGUCCGAGCGCGAAAUCAAGAAUAAGUUUAGAGCGCUCGCGAAGGCGCUGCACCCGGACACGCGCUCUCCAGAUGCGGCCGGUGAUUUGGGGGAGGUGCUCGAGGCGUACGCUUCAUUGACUGACAGGCACUUCGACGCGUCCGAUCUGGUGGCGGCCUCGGUCGAGAUCUUUUCGAUCGAGGAGCUGCGAAGCGACGAGCGGCACGACGUCCACGACGUCCAUCUGGUGCUUGCGUUGGAUUUGUUGGACGGGGACGGUGCGGCCGAGGUUGGUUCGGACGAAGACGAGACGCGCGCGGUCGUCGAGGCCGACGGGCGCGUCGCCAUCCAUUGCGCCGAGUGGGACGCGAUCUCAGACGUCAAGCGCGCGCUCGAGGCGCGGUUUUCCGAAGCGUGGGACUUAACGGGCCGGCCGCGCGACCGCGACGGGUGCUUCGCCGGCUGGGAGCUCGUCUCCGGCGAGACGCCGCUGGGGCCGCACUUCUUCGUGGGGGACUACGGGCUGAAGCGCGGCGAUAUUGUGCAUGCCGUCGUGCGGCGGCGGGGGUAA